AUGGUAAGAUGUUAAGCUUCAGUUAUGCAUUGUAACCCUUCUGUUGUUAAAUGUUUUCGAUGUAAGCCAUGAUAUCAGCCUACUGGCUGAAAAGUGAGAUAGAAAUAAGUAAUAAUGCAUUUUCAAUGGGUAUUUGUUUAUUUCAGCAAUUUAUAUACUGCUUCAUUACAAGAAUCUCUAAGUGGUGUACAAGUAACUCAAAACAAUAAAAAUAAAAUAUAUUCUCCACCCUCAUACUUUUAAACAAGUUUCACAAAGUAGUAGUCCAUCUCAGUGGAUUUUGUAGGAACAGAAAACACCCCAAUUUUUUUUUAAGUACAGUUCUCUAAAUUCGGGGUAGUAGCCAGCACGAUACUCCCCAAAUAUUAUGCGCUAAAGCUCCCAGGAUCCUUGGUGAUGCUGGUGGCAGCUGAUGUGAGCUGCAAUUCAACAUCUGAAAUGCACCAUUUGGGCUACUCCCUCCUCUAAAUCGUUCUUUUAACAUUUAUUUUGCAGGGUGUCUCUGAUAAAGCAGCUAUUGUUCUUCAAAUCCUCAAUGAAACAGCUACGCUCUUUGAAAGGAAGGACGUCCCCUUCUCCAAUGUGAGAGGUGUUCUGGAGUAUAUCUAUUAUGUACAUGAUCAGCUAAAACCUUGUGUAAGUACUAAGAAUUAUUUUCCUAAGGAGUUAUUAUGGCAACAUGAAGCAGAAUGAAACUUGGUGUGCAGAAGAAACAGAGGGUAAGACAAAAUGAAACUUGGAUUUGUACAUGCCUGUCUCUCUGUUAAUAUAGGUGUGUCCACAUGGCAUAUUCCCCAAUGUUGUCCCAGACCUUUCUCCUCUUUGAAAGUGAUUCCCCAGGCCCUGGCCCUUUUGAGUUUUCUAAGUAUGGGGGGGGGACAUAUUUAAAGGAGAAAAGGUCUGAGACAACACUGAGUAGCCCCUAAAUUUAUGGGGAGACAGACAGAUGCAAAUCCACAUUUUGCUCCAGUGUUGACAAGCCCAGAAUGUGCAUAUUCCACACUUUAACUGCUAUAGCAUGGGUCGGCAAACUAAGGCCUGUGGGCUGGAUCAAGCCCAAUUGCCUUAUGGAUCUGGCCCACGGACGGUCCGGGAAUUGCCGCAUGGAUUGCCAGCGCAUGCGUUCUUUCCCUCUCCCUCCCUCUCCCUCACACGGCGGCGGUGACGCCUCCUCCCUCCUCCUGGCUUCUCCUGGCCCUGCCUAGAGGAGGAUGGGGCCUGGGCUUUGUUGGUGCUAGCAGCAGCAGCGCUCAAGUGGCCGCCAUUUUAAGCAGUCCCUCUCCAGAGCCCUUUCUCGCGCCACUCAUUGUGCCACCGCCACCAGCCCCUGCCACUUGCAAGACACAGGUAAGCAGUGUGGACAUUUCACCCCUCCCAUUGCAAGAAUCUCAUGAUGUUUUCAGAAAGGAGGGAGCGGAAUCUGCUCAUCGCUUCUUCCGCUCCAGCCUGACUCUUUAGGAGUCUGAGUGUUAUCUGUGUAGAGAUAAUAUGACUGCAUAACGAACAGUAACACUCAUGCAGUCCAGUAGCCUCUGUUAGUCUUUAGUUUGUAGUUUAUUUCUAGUUUGCAGUAGCUGUAAAAGAAUAAAGAAGUUAAGCUUCAGAGCCGUCGUUUGUGUAAUUCAUACUCUGCUGUGCUCUGCUGACUUUGGUGCUGAGUUCAAAGUUGUGAGUCCAUUGCAUUUAGACCUCUUUUCCUGAGUGGAAGGUCUCUGGAAGUGCUUCCCAGCUUGCCUAGUCCAAUCAGGGCACUGGGGCUGAAGAGGUUGAGCCCAGUCAUUGGCACUGGCUCAAAAGCGAAGCUGACAAGCAGCCACCGGGGCUCAUGGUGCUCUUGCAUUUAUUUAUUUAUUCAAAAUAUAGACCAGCCCCCCACAAAGGUCUGAGGGACAGUGGACCAGCCCCCUGCUGAAAAAGUUUGCUGACCCCUGUGCUACAGGGAAGUCAUUUGUCUUCAGUUUACUCUAUAGCAGAGAGCUGAAUAGAAACUGAGACUCCAACAGCCAAUCUCCAAAUACCACCUCUCUUUCUUUUUUCUUCAGAGGUGGGAAACAACGUGUUCUUGCCAACUAUGCUAGUAAGGAUCUGUGUUCAAAUUCUCUUCCCACUUAAUUUACAGCUGCAAUCCAAAACCAGUCUUCCUCUGAUGGACAGCCCGAUAGAAGAUUGUUUCAAAAAGCUGCAGCUAUUUUUGAACGAUGUAAGUAGACUGAGCGUCUCUUCAACAAAGCUUUUAAUUCUAGGAAUGCUUCUAACUCAUUCUGAGUUUAUAGCUGAUCACGUGGGCCAACUGCGCAAAUCAAGAAUGGGGCACUUACAGGUCUUCCAGAUGUUGUUGGACUCUAGUUGCCGUCAUUCCUGAGCAUUAGCCAAGCUGGCAGGGGCUGAUGGGAGCUGGCAUUCAACCACAUCUGGAGGGCCACAGGUCCCCCAUCUCUGCCAUAAAUGAUUUCUCAAGGUCCAUGGUUCCCAAACUUUGUUUCCCGUGGACCACUAGAAAAUUGCUGAGGGUUUCCACAAACCACUGAGUGAUUUUUUCUGCUUGUUGUAGAACUUGCAAUGCACUGCGCUAGAUGCAAUGUGAUUUUUAAUUGCAUUUUUAUUGCUUAUUUUAUUUCUGUGUUUUAUCGCAUCAGAAUUUGAAUUCCAUAGAGGCCAAAUUGUAAUACUGUAAAAUUCAGAAGAAGAAAUAAAAGCAGCAAUAAAAAUACAAUUAAAGACUCAAUAUCAAUAUUUAAUGCAAUAGAUGUGGUGUCUCCACAAUUUUCAACCACAAAUGCACAGACACAUCAUGGACCACCAGAAUGAAACUCAUGGACCACAGACUGGGAAGCUUUCAUUGAUGUUUUGCUGCCACCUCCCACUAGACUGCCUCAUCACCAGGGUUUUCCAGAUGACAGCUCAUUGUUUUCAUAUGGGGGGUGGGGGCAGGGAUAAAGUGUGCCUGUCCCUAUAUCUGCAUAUGAGGUCCUUUAAAAAGAACAGGAUUGUUGUUAUAAUAUGAUUUUAUCACCCACCCUUUGCCAUAAGGGUGUGUUAUAACAAUUUCAAACACAAUAUUUAAAGCGGUUUUAAACAAAAACUACAGUCACAAGGACAGAGUGGGUCCUAAAUAUAUAAGCCUACCUGAUUUCAGUAGUGUACCUGAAAUUCCCAAACAAAAAUUAGGAGGGAAAUUGCUCUCCUGAUCAGAUCCCAGCCUUGCAAAGCCGUGCAGGGCUGGUUUGGGGACAGCGGUGUGAGCAUUGCACCCCCCCAAUGCAUUUGGCAGCCCCCCCCAUGCUACACCCCUGCUCUCAGCCUAGCCUACCUCAAUUGGGGAUUCAGUUGGGAGGAGAACUAUGUAUUGAGCUCAUUGGGGUAUAAGUACCAAAAAUAAAUAGCAAAUGAACCCAAGAAAACCUUUACCAUUCUUCCUUGUUUUUAGACUGUUAGCGGUCCUGGGAAAGUAGGAUAUCAAUGUUUUAGAUAAAUAAAUACCGUAUUUUUUCCGUGUAUAAGACUACUAUGGUACCUUGGGUUAAGAACUUAAUUCAUUCUGAAGGUCUGUUCUUAACCUGAAACCAUUCUUAACCUGAAGCACCACUUUAGCUAAUGGGGCCUCCUGCUGCCACCAUGCGAUUUCUGUUCUUAUCCUGAAGCAAAGUUCUUAACCCAAGGUACUAUUUCUGGGUUAGUGGAGUCUGUAACCUGAAGCGUCUGUAACCCGAGGUACCACUGUAUAUUUUUUCCUGAAUUUUUGAAUUUUAAAAUAAGGGAUCGUCUUAUACAUGGAUAGUGCCUGGUGCAUUUUCUUAAUUUUGAGUCCCCCCAAAAUAGUCUUAUACACGGGGGCAUGUUAUAUACAGAAAAAUGUGGUAAUACCUGCAACAACAUAUUCCACCAGAUAACUAAAAUGGACCCUUGACUAUAUGGGAGUAAACAAACCACCUGCCAGAGAGCAGCACAGUAUAUAAAGGGCUGUAAAGCGGGUAAUAAAUAUAGAAACCCAUUAACGAGGAUUCUUUUUUUUGCAUGUGUUUGCCUCGCUUGAAACAGGGGAGCAGUCACUGCACUUGGCAAGUGGCUCGCGAAGAUGUCAUGGUGGUUUUCCAACAACUUGAACUUGACAUUUCUGCUUCACGGCAUCGACAGCGUAGAACUGAGGUGAAGAAUCUUCUGCUUCCAUGA